AAAUAAGAUGAUUUGUCUUCAAAUAUAUUGAGUAAGGGAUUCAGUUUAAACUAAAUCAAUCAUAGACAUUCAACGAUGAUUCAAUCUAAAAGCCUGACGUUGAAAAAUAUUUCAACAUUUGAAUAGUGAACAAAAACUCACGUUGGUUGGUGAAAAAUUUGUGUUACUUUUAAUUUUCUAGUGAAGUUCGAUUAAUGAUCAUAGUCAAGUCAAAAUGCAAGAACCCAGUUUAUCGUUGUUGCGACCACCCCAGGUCACUGAAUUAAUCCGAAAAUGUCAAACUGGAUGUGUGAAAAACCUGACCCGCUAUAAUUUACAAUUCUUUCGCAAGUUGAUUGAAGCUGAUGAAUUUUAUUUUAGAUUGGUUUAUAGUCAUAUUCAACGUGGGAAAUUUUUCCAGAGAUUUGACAAAUUAUUUGUCCACAAUGGUCGCCAUGUUUACAAUUUACGUUCAGACAGGAUCAACGACUCAACUAGACUCUACUCUAUCGAGCAAUAUGUGAGAGGUUUAAAGUUAGCUGACCAUAGAGUGCUUGCAAUUAAAUCGCCAAUCUAUACACCUACAAUGCUUCCUCGGUCUAAAUAUCGACCCAUGUUACUCAUUUUAAAUGACCACAAUAAACUUUUGGUUAUUGAUUUUGACACUGGUGAACUUAUCGACACAAUCUACCUUGGCUCUAUGGAAAGGUGCAAAUUCACUUACAUUGGAUGGGAAAAAUAUAUGGAAACUAUUCUAAUACAAUCGACUGAUUUAAUGGCCCAAACAGACGGACGAGUCAUUAGUUACAACAUAUUAAUGUCGAUUUGGCCUCUUAAAUUUAUUGCUUGUUUCGAUAUAGAGUGCCAUAUCUUUGAAAGACAAAGAAGUACCAACAUUUCGGAAGGAAUGCUGAUUCUCAGUAAUCCUCAGCCUCCUGAUCAAUUCGUUAAUAUCUACAGUCUAACGGACAUUUUGGAUCCCGAGAAUUACAAAUGGUACACUGAUAUUGAUAAACACUGUACAAACGAAGAAAGGUGCGAUGAAUGUUGGCGAUCUGAGGCAAGGGUUGUAGGCAGAGAUGGCCAUGGAUUUCCUACCAAUAUAAUUAUUAAAACUAAACCAAGAUUACUUUUGUCAAUUUUAACCUGUUUCCCGUGCAUUGAAUUUGGCUAUAAUCCUUUCCAUUAUAUAUACUCUCCUCCUGGACAAAGAGACACCUUUAAUGUGGAACGUUUAGAGGGUCGAGUUCCAGUUAUAAAUGGUUCAAUUACAUUUGAUAAUUAUUUGGAGGAGCACAAUAAAUUAUUGUUUCACGAUGACCCUGUUGAAAAUAGAAUAAUUUCAAUUGAAUCACAUAAACUUGCAUUUUAUAAAAUAAUCAACAAUGUUCUUACCAGACGAGGUGAAUUAUCUCCAACUCCACCUGAAUUUUUUGACGAUCUUCAAGUGAGAAUGAGAAACCAAAGGAAAGCAAAGAAAAAUGACAAUAUGUACAAAAGCUUCUUCUCCCAUGUAUAUGACGUCGAUACAGAAAUCUUUUUUGUGCUUGGAGUUGACCUUUCAUCUGACAAACCAACCACACCUGUGAUGUGCUUAUUUGACAACUUUAAUGGACAGCUGUUGAAAAAAUUUCCUCUAAAUUUUAAAGCUGAAGAAUCAAACGACUAUGAUCUCUGGGCUGAUCGUGAUUUACUAUUCAUUAACGAAAACAACUCAUUUGGCCCAAGCAGAGCUAUGUGUUAUCGAUUAGAAAGGUUACCAAUCGAAAUCUAAGCAAUAUUUUCCUCAAAUUUGUGAACAAAUAUCUCUCACGUUGGAGCUACCAUUAGUUUACUGUGACUCGAUUCUUGCAAUGAUGUGUCAAUUUUAAAUUAUUUCACACUAACCAUUUGCCUAACGACCAAUCAAUUGUGAUAGUUGUCUCAAUACAAGCCUUUAUAAAGUACAUUUGCCAAUUUACUCGUUUUUUGGUGUCUUAACAGUCAUUAAAAUUUUUGAAGGUUAAGAAUUGCGCACAACAAAUACAUAAAUGAAAUCAAUAAUGAAAUGGUAUGGACUAUUAUAAAACAAUUAGAAAUUUACGAUCAAAUUUAAUGCUAUUUAAUGGUCUCAAAUAUUUCAAAGAAAACAUUACCGUUUUCUUUCGCUUAUAAGAAGGCUUAGAUUGGUACUCAUACUUCAGUUAAAACUUCAGAAUGGUGAUAUCUCAAUCUUAGACUAUACAAAAACUCAGAUCAAAGUCAGUCAAAAGACAGUAGCAGCUUAAUUAUCUGCAGCGGAGGACAAAAUUAAAUAUUGCAAAUCCAGCCAUUUCGCCAUUUCCCGUGAAUUCAAUACUCAACAGUCUUAAUCAAAGUAUAAAAGGCUUAAACUGAAUCUUUUGGCUUAAUCUAGCUGACUAAAUCCACUUUAUGGUGCUACAAGAUUUAAAUGAAAAUAUACGAUUGGUUGUAGAAGAAAACGAGCGAGGAAAAGCUGGUUUUAAUCAUUUAACCUGAAAACACAUGUUCAUUUGUAAUUUACUUUAAUACAAUUGUAUGAUGAUCCUCUGUUAAUUUGAUUGACAUGACCUUGACAAUGAUACCAAGCAGAUUGAUUAACUAGGAUAGCUUAUAAUAAUGAUCAUCUAACCUGUCUUUUAUUCAAUCAACUUCAUUAGUACUAACCCAAUGAAUGAAACAUGUUAGGUUAAAAAAUUUGAAAACAAAUUGAUUAGCAUUCGCUGUGAAUUUUUUUCAAAAUGUUUUAACCUUAAUUUUUACCCAAUUCAGAUCAUAUUUCUCAUUUUCCGUAUCAACUUAAGUCAUGUAAUUACAACCAGAUUGAAGCAUUCAUGUAAAAAAUUGCAGCUUCACCCAAUCAACCAAAAAGACUGAGCAAAACACUUCUAUUUGUUAAUCUAUUUAGAUCAUCAAUUAAAAUUUCCGCUCUUAAAAUACUCUA